AUGAUAGAUUAUAUGGAGCACGUUCUGCGAUCUUUCGAACAGUGCACCGGAUGGAAUCGAGAUAACAGUUAUGAGAAUGUAACAGCGACUUCUGAGAACUUACUGAGCUUCAGGGUUCCUUCUGGGGUGAAGUUUCAAGUGUCGAACAAAUCAACUCCGAACACCUUUACAACAUUUGAACUCUCAAAUAACAAGGUGAUAAAUGGCUCAUUAGCAUACCUUUACACUAACUGCCAAGGCCUGGAAAACUAUGUGAGUAAUUCUCGCGACAUUCUCCUGCAGGAAGCUUCGGAAACCUAUAGGCAAAUACGGCCACUCUAUCCCUGCCACUCGUUGAGAAGUAGCUCUGAUGGGGCAAAAGAGUUUGGACCAUCGUCCCUAUGGUACGGCCGUAUGUAUUAUCCGACUUCCACAUUGGAAGCAAUGGUUGUCAGUCGCUCAAGCGCUCAAACACAAUUUGUUGCGAAGUGCAUUAGCAGCCUGGCGAAUGCCAGUGUGUUGACACUCUAUUGGCAAAAGGACUCAGGGCAAAACUGCCAAGAAUGGGUAGCAUCAACUAACGAAGGCCUUCUUGGCUAUCGCAUUUUGCAUAACUUUGUCGGUAGCCAAUCAAAGUUAAACACAUCUCUUUACAACGACUCCUCGCUUUCUGUAGGUGGAGAACUGUGGUUCGGGGUGCUGAAUACAACGCCUGCUUGCUCUACAACGCUAAGAUACUGCACACAUUCUGCGAAUACAGGGAAGCCGUUAACUUUGACGCUCUCCUGGAACCCACUUUUCGGUCACGUAUCCUCAACGUAUUCGGUCAAAACAUCAUCGGGUGCGACUUUCAGCUCCAAAUAUGAUUUCAAUCUUUAUUCUAUUGAAUCAAACUUGUCCUUCGGUUGCGACUUAUGGAGGCGUGGCCAUACAAAGCAGCUCGAUCAGCGUAGAACUGAGCCGCUUGACGCCCCUAAUACGAACUCCUCAGUAUUUUCAAAAGAGCGGGUUCAGAAGAAACAGGGACCUAAGGAAGAUAGUCCGAUGUUUUACCAUUUAAUGGCUGGAUCCACCAGCUCCCAGAAAUUGAUAGAGGACCUGAACGUAACAUUUGCAUCUUCCCUUCAAAAAUUAACCAAAGAGAAAUCUACAAUACAACGAUUUGAGAACUCGCUCAUCGAUGCUAACUUUGCAAGUGUUUGGAAACUAAGCACAAGUUUACGCCACAAAAAUCUGCGUGUUCUAUGGGAGGGAAAGUACAAAGGUUUUCUCAUCAGCGCGGGAGCAGAGUUCACAGGCGCUCCGCUCGAACUCCCGUCCAAUUUAGCAGGUGAAUCCAAAACGCCCGCUCUUAUAAGACCGGGGAAAUUUGGCAUACAAUUACAAUAUUCUACGUAA